AUGGCUCUCUUAAUCGUUGCGCUUACGCCAAUCACUCAUGCAGGCGCCUUAGCAAAAGGGAACGGAGGUGGCGGCGGGAAGGGGAAAGGCAGUGGAAAUGCUAAAAACGGCGGGAGUGGCAAGGGAGCAGGGAAGGGCAAGGGCGGCAAACUGUUUGGCUUCUUGGGCGGCCGGACCCGCGUUCUCGUGACGGACAGCGGAUUGACGAGGGAUGGACGCCUAAAUGACGCCGGAUCACCGCUUCCCGCGCCCAUGGGCGCUCUUCUCCUUUCACUCUGUCCCAUCUCCUCCCUCUCCCCUCCCUCACCUCUCUUUCUCGCCACCUUCUCCCCUCCCUCUCCGCUCUUUCUCGCCACCUUCUUCCCUCCCUCUCCGCUCCUUCACGCCUUCCCCACGCCUUUCUCCUCCAGCAACGGGACCAUCACGUUCACAGCGCGUCUUGAACUGGCACAGCCCGAGCGCCCUUCCUCCAUCUCCAUCAACACCGCCGCCAAGGGCGCCACGGGGGACGUCCUUAUCGACCUCUCAUCUGACGCCACGUGGCAGAACGUGACUGACAUGGUCAUUAUAGCGAAAAUGGCCAGGCCUGGGUUUGGUUUGGAUCGGCCGGACCGGAAUCCUGCCACUACCACUGCACCAGCUGCUGCUGCUGCCAUUUCCCCCCUUCCCCCCCUUGCCCCCCCCGUUCUUAUUUCUCCCUGCCACUACCAUUGCUGCUGCCACCCCUCUGCUUCUUUCAUCUCCCCCAACUCCCCUUUUGCCCCGUUCUACCCAUUUCCCCCUUUCCUACUAGCCCCCGUCACACCCGUUCCCCCCAUUAUCCCAGUCCCUCUGUUAUCCUGA